AAAGUGUAAACUUCAGUGGUUAAUCUGCCUCCUCAUGGCUCCACUAUGACUCAUUCAUGGUUCCCAGCAACAUGAGCCGAGCUUUCUCACACUCAGCAGCUUUAGUCAGGACCCCCGCUCCUCCUGACUCCUCCUGACUCCUUCCUGCUGCGUCUCUGCUGGUGCUGCACGAACCAAACUUCUCUCAUUUGUGCCUGGAGAUCCACACAGAGCACUGGGGUUCACUCUGAAGACUUUCAACUUCUUCAGCCAAGGAUUUAACUUUAAAACUUGUUGCUUUUUCAUUCGAGUUUUUACCGGAGCUUUGCUCCUUUCCUCUAAAAGUUUCCAUUUUGGCUCUGUUUUACGCGUUUUUUCCCCCCCGAUGCUGAAAUGGAAUAUUUGGGGUUCUCCAGGGAGAUGUUGUCACCAUUUUGAGCUCUUAAUGGACGCUUUUACGGUGGCCUUGGAGGACAACUGCACAAAUAUUUCAUGUUCGCAAAAAAGUAAUUCUGCAUAAGUUUUUGCACACACAGCUCCAGUGAUCACCCCUUCUCGUGGAUAAAGAUGGACAUCCCUGCUGCGUGGAUCCUCUUGCUCCUAGUGAUGUUGCCCCCGGUUGUGCCUGCCCCCUGCCCCCGCUCCUGCUCUUGCCCCCAGCCCACCGAGCUCCACUGCACCUUCCGCUCCCUCCUCUCCAUCCCAGCUGCUGUUUCCAGACACGUGGAGCGCAUAAACCUGGGGUUCAACAGCAUCAAUAAAAUCACAGAAACGUCUCUGUCCGGUCUAAGGAAGCUUGAGCUGCUGAUGCUUCACGGCAACGACAUCCACAGUGUACCUGAUGGUGCGUUCAGGGACCUCACUUCACUGCAGAUGUUGAAGAUGAGCUACAACAAGCUGACAGAGAUCAACAGACACACCCUUCAGGGUCUGUGGUCCUUGGCGAGGCUCCACCUGGACCACAACCAUCUGGAGUUCAUCCACCCAGACUCCUUCCAGGGCCUAACCUCACUGCGUCUGCUGCAGCUGGAAGGUAAUCGCCUCCGGCAGCUUCACCCCGCCACCUUUUCCACCUUCACUCUGAUGGGACACUUCCACGUCUCCACGCUGAGACACCUGUACCUGUCUGACAACGGGCUGAUGGCCCUGCCCGCCAAGCUGCUGGACACCAUGCCUCAGCUGGAGAACCUGUACAUCCAUGGGAACCCGUGGACCUGUGACUGCAACAUGAGGUGGUUCCAGGACUGGGUUAAGACCUCACCAGGUGUACUGAAGUGUAAAAAGGACAGAGCCCUCCCCGGUGGUCAGCUGUGCCCGAUGUGCUCGUCCCCCAGACACCUCCAGAGAAAAGAGCUCCACACGGUUGAAAGCUUGGUCUGCAGCAGCCCUGUCAUCAGCUCCCCUCACCGGACAUCCCCCCUAGACGAGGCCGACAUAGAGGCCAAAACCACUGAGGACUUCAUGGAAUCUUUUGGAAAUAUCUCCAUGGGUUUGUCGGACGAACAUGGGAAUGAAGUGGAUCUGGAGUGUAGCGUUGGCAAGCCCAGGGAGCUCACAAAGAUCAGCUGGGAGCAGGUCGACCAGCGCUAUCUGUCCACGAACAUGAGUUUUUCCGUGGAUAUUGAGUGCUCCGUGGAUAGAGAAAGAUACGAGAGACUGUGGAGGCUGAUUGCUUACUACAGCAGCGUUCCUGCUCACUUAAAAAGAGGGAUUAUGCUCACAAAGGAGCCUCAUCCUACGUACGUGUACCGGCAGGACUCAGAGAAGGAUGCUCAGUACUACACGGGCGUUAGAGUCAACAUGAUGGCCCAGCCUGAGUGGCUGAUGCAGAAAUCUGCAGACCUUCAGUUAAACAGACUUCAGUCAUCAGCCAAGGUGGUAAAACUGAUCCUGAGCAGUGAUUUUUCAGAGACAGUAGAAGCAGAGCUGGUGCAGAGACAAAGGAGGACAUGGGUCAUGAUCGAGUCGACGAACACGACUCGUAAAGUGUUGAGUGCUAUCCUGGGAAGGCCAAGUCAAAUGGACUGUAACGUGCAGAGCUCUGGACAAGCGGUUAUUCAGUGGAUGCUCCCAGAUGGCUCCAAGGUGGAAGCCCCGUACAACAGUGCAGACAACAGGCUGUCUGUGUCCGACGAAGGGCAGCUGGUUAUUAAAGCUGUCAGCCACACGGAUGCCGGAAUUUACCACUGCAUCGCCAAGGUUCACGGAGAUGUCGCCGCCUUGCCUUUCCAUCUAACAGUGCAGGAUUCCUCGAACUCACCCCAAGGAGACGAAGCCUCAAUUACAACCGUCGAAGGAUCUGCAGGGAGCCCCAUUUCCCUGCCUUGCACGGCAUCUGGAUCCCCUGACGCUGAAAUUAACUGGAUUCUCCCUAGCAGCAACAUCGUCAGUUUCAGAGCAAAUUCGUCUAGAGCUAUAGUCUAUUCAAACGGCAGUCUUUAUAUCCCACAAAGUCAGAUAUCAGACAACGGAUUUUACAAAUGCAUCGCCAUAAAUCAACAUGGAGUGGAUACGCUGGCUUCAAAGGUCACUGUCGUGGGAAGAAAAGGGUUCGUACGACCUUUGAGGAAGUUUCCAGUAAGACCGCAGUCUGCCUCAGGGGUCAGCACUCAGAUUAAAGUCCCCACAGAGGACAUGGAGGAGGCUUCAGGGGAUGGUGAUGAGGCUCAAGCGGAGGCUCCAAAGAGCCCUUUGGAUGCUGUUAGAAGGAGGAUCCCUGGAGGCCGAAGGGUGGUGCAUCCAUCGAGGAAUCGAGGAAGACCGCCACUUCGAAAACCUGCAGGAUCACGUGAAGACGACAAGAAGAAUAUAAUCGACCGGAGGAAAAUUGACAUGUCGAAGAGUAAAAUCGACCCAGAGAAAUGGAAGGAUAUUUUGGCGAAGAUAAGGGAGAGGAAUAGUCAGAAUGUCGUGACACAAAUCCCAGAGAGGAAGCCGACGACUCCAACUCCAGCGCAAGAUAUUUUUGAGGGAUCUUCCGAUGGCGAGAGCUUCACAACACUGCAAAUUCCUGUUCAGAUAACCCAAAGUAGAGCUAAUAAAGACUUCACAGAAAGUCAAAACUCACAUGAGACAUCUAAGAGCGACACUGCUCAUACGACACAUGAUAGGGAAAAAAACAGUGGUAGCAGAAUUCAAGCUACAGCAGGGCCAUACACAACACAGACUACAUUUAAUGUACAACAUACAACCCAGGAUACAAACUUGGAUAUGCACACAGCUUCAAGAAGUGUGUUUUUCCUCCCACAGACCACAUCUGUUCCCCUGCAUGCUGUCACUCUCUGGCAGGCGAACACAAACAUUGCAAGCCGUACAAAUUCUCUACAAGAGAACCAGAGCUCAGAUACAGAUGUGGACGAAGACACAACAGCUGAUCAGUCCAAGGCUACGUCUGAGGAGAGCGGGGAUGAAGUGAAAGUCGUCGCCAGCGAGAGUAAUGACAGCUCUUUAAGUGAAAGUGAAGUCAUCUCUUCGGUCAACCCGAAUGAAUCAAAGCCAAGCCAAGGGGAAAAUGCAUCAGCAUCAAAACCCCAACCAAAAGAUUCAUCAUAUGAUGAUUUGAAAGCAUUGCUCACGACAGCAUCUCCAACAACGACGCUUUCACCUCCAAAUACGAGAAGGAGGGGGUCGAAAGAACAGGGGAACUCCAGGAGAAGGAACGGAGGGCGUCGGAGAAGGCCAAACAGAAGGAAACAAAAGCUGAAUGAACCCGUCCAGUCUCAUGCCACUACACCAGCAACAGCCACAACUAUUCCCUUCACACGGCUUAAAAUAGAACCUAUGGAAGACGCCAAUUUCAAUUCUGCUGAUCCAAGUCAAGCAAGGACAUCAGGCAGAAUGAGUCACAAAGAAAGCACAGUCCCAGGGCAUGACGACAAGCUCUCUUCACGACCAUCCUCUCCCCCUAAAACAAAAAACAGUCUGCAAACCGAAGCCAAACCACUCUUCAAAAGCACGUCAGCAGCACCAUCUUUUCCAGUAUCCACUCCAGGAGUGGGUCACGGAAAGACGAGUUCUCAAACAGCCUUGGGAAUUUCAGAGGAUGUUGAGAUGCUCCCGUCAACCACUCAGCAGACGUUUACGAGCAGUGCUCUUCCACCUGUUAAAUCGGCAGAGGAGGAACAAAAGGGAGGUGUAACUGGAGAUGCUAGACCUGCACCGACCUCGGAUAAUCCCUUCAAGGAUUUGUCCGCUGUAACUGAAGUGAAAACAGAUGUCGAGCAGAAUCAAUCAGAGUAUGAUUUCGCAGAUAAAGAGACUGGAAAUCAGCCUCAAGCUGCCUCCGCUGAUUUCCCGAUUGAGCAUGAAAUCAAGACAACCUUUGGGUAUGCGACGAGUGGAACUAUUACAACACCAAGCUUGGUUUUUGUGGGUGAUUUGGACUCAGAACAGGUAACCACAAGGAAACCCACAGUAGCCGAGAGCACUCACUGGACUUCUACUCAAAAUGAAAGAACAACCAGUGAGUCAAAGGUGUAUUCUAUGUUCAGUGAAACUACUACCUCUGCUACAACACCGCCCACAAGAGCCAAAACAGACCUUUCACUAAGCUCCAAACCCCUGGAGGCGCCACAAAUCAAUGACAUUGAAGAAAACCACAGUGAAGUCCAACAAAACCGACCUAUAACUACAUCAGAACCCGAGACUACAUCUGCCAUCCAUCCUCAGACCCAUCCAGCAACCCAUCUGUCAAUUCAAGCAAAGCCAACCUCCCCUGCUAUCAAUGAGCCAACAACCAAGCAGACAUCCCCAGCCCCAACCACUUCUGCUCUCCAAACUGAUGCAUUCACCCAGAGACUAACGAGCGCCCAGGCUGUGACUAGGAAGCACCAGGUACCGGCGCAAGGAUCCAUUCCAAGAGGGAAGCCAAGGAUAACAAAGAGUAAUUUCCAGACUUUCACUGUGAAAGCAGAAGCAGAUGCUCAGCUUCCCUGUGAGGCAGAGGGCGAGCCAAUGCCCUUCCUGUCGUGGACGAAGGUUUCCAGUGGGGCAAGUAUCGCUAAGAACACCAGGAUCCAGAGGUUUGAGGUCCACCAAAAUGGCACGUUAAUCAUCAGGAACCUCCAGCCCCAGGAUGGGGGUCAGUACUUGUGCACAGUCCAGAACCAGUACGGCACAGACAACAUGGUCGUCAACCUCGUAAUCCUGUCCCAGCACCCUCGUGUCCUCCUACCUCGACACAGAGAUGUCACUGUGCAUCUGGGUGGAAAGCUUGAACUGGAGUGUAAAGUAGAGGGUCACCCUAUGCCUAAAAUUACGUGGGUGCUUCCUAACCAAGUCCACAUGCCUGCUGCUCCUGUCAGCUUUACCUCUCAGCAGAGAGUUGCCGUACUGAGUAAUGGGACCCUCAAGAUCAGCCAGGCCACCUUCGCUGACAGAGGGAUUUAUAAGUGCAUCGGCAGCAGUGCGGCUGGUGCUGACACCGUCUCAGUCAGGCUUUAUGUGUCAGCGUUACCGCCGGUGAUUCAGCAACCACACCAUGAGAACCUAACCGUCCAAGAGGGCAGCACUGCUGUCAUCCACUGCACCGCCACGGGUUCCCCUCAGCCCGUCAUCCGUUGGCUCACACCUGACGGACUUCAGCUUGUUUCCUCUCAGUCUGUCACUGGGCGAAACCUCAUUGUCUUCCCCAACGGGACCCUCAGUAUCAGGGGAGUGGGUUCAGGGAACACUGGAAGAUUUGAGUGCUCAGCGAGUAACACAGUGGCUUCCACCAAGAGAACAGUGAACCUGAGCAUACGGAGGAAUCCCAUCUCUGCAAAGGCAACCAUCACAUCAUCAUCCCCGCAGAAAACUGAUGUUAGUUAUGGAGGGACACUGCUGCUCGACUGUGUGGCCACAGGAGAGCCAGAGCCUCGGAUCAUGUGGAGGACGCCUUCGAAGAAGCUGGUGGAUGCUCAGUUCAGUUUUGACCCCAGGAUCAAGGUGUUCCCUAACGGCACCAUAACGGUUCACUCCGCAAUGGACACCGACAGCGGUGACUACCUCUGUGUGGCUCGGAACAAGAUGGGCGACGACUACAUUCAGUUGAAGGUCAACGUCUUGACCAGGCCGGCAAAGAUCAAGCAGAAGCAGCAGCAGUCCAGUCAGGAGGUGGUGUACGGUGGAGACCUGAAGGUGGACUGUGUGGCCUCCGGUUUACCCAAUCCUGAGAUCAGCUGGGCGCUACCGGAUGGCACCAUGGUCAACCCAGUCAAACAAAGGGAUGGUGGUGGAGGGCGCAGUCGAAGGUAUGUGGUGUUUGACAAUGGAACGUUGUACUUCAACGAUGUCGGCAUACCUGAAGAAGGUGACUACACCUGCUACGCCGAGAACCAACUGGGUAAAGACGAGAUGAAGGUUCGAGUCAAGGUCAAAGUUGUCUCUUCCAGGCCACAAAUCCAGGACAAAGAUCAAAAGACCAUCAAGGUUUUCUACGGGGAAACAGUCACUGUGAGAUGUAACGCCAAAGGAGAACCGCUGCCAACCAUCACAUGGAUAUCACCAAUGAACAAAGUCAUCUCCCCAGCCCUAGAUAAAUACCAGAUCCUGGAUGAUGGGACGUUGGUGGUUCAGAAGGUCCAGCGUUUCGAUGGCGGUAACUACACCUGUAUGGCUAAGAACACUGCAGGGCAAGACCACAAAGUUGCCAGACUGGAGGUUCUGGUACAAUCUCCAGUGAUCAAUGGCUUACGAGGAGACACGAACAGCAUUAAAGUGGCUGCUGUCCAGGAUCACAGGAAGUUCAUUGAUUGUGUUGCACUGGGGAAACCAAGUCCUCGAAUCAUGUGGGUCCUGCCUGGAAAUGUGAUCCUUCCAGCUCCCUACAAGAGCAACAGAAUGACGGUGCAUCAAAACGGCACUUUGGAAAUCCACUCACCAAAAAGGACUGAUUCAGGACAGCUGGCUUGCAUUGCUCGGAAUGAAGGAGGGGAGGUUCGGCUGGCAGUUAACUUGGAUGUAAAGGAGCUUGUCGAGAGACCACAAAUUAGAGGGUCCAGAACAGAUAGCUUUUCAUUGACUGUUGGGAACGCCAUGACUUUGAACUGCUCCUUCGAGGGUUCAACUCAACCUCAAGUCACUUGGAUCUUACCAAACGGCACACCUCUACAAAGUGGAGCUCGCUUCUCGAAGUUCUUCCACCAUCCCAGUGGGUCUUUGAUCAUCAGUAACCCAUCUAUUGCUGAAGCGGGGAUGUAUCGAUGUUUAGGGCGUAACCUCCGAGGGCUUGCAGAGCGAGUCAUCACAUUGACUCCUGGGAGAAAGCCAGAGAUCAUCAACAGAUACUCCUCUCCGGUUAGUGUUGUUAACGGACAAACACUUCUGCUUCAUUGCUUAACCAGCGGUGAACCUCUCAGACUGACAUGGACACUUCCAAGCGGGGUGGUCCUUAACAGGCCGCAGAGAGCUGGACGGUAUGCCGUUCUGCCAAACGGGACGCUCGCCAUCCAGCAAGUAUCCGUCUACGACCGGGGGUCUUAUAUUUGUCGGACUGUGAAUGAAUACGGCAGUUCCAUGCUUUCUGUGUCCGUUAUCGUGAUUGCAUACCCACCUCGAAUCACGAACGGCCCUCCCUCUGUGACGUACGCCAAACGAGGAGUCGCUGUUCAGUUGAACUGUGCAGCAACUGGGAUUCCGCGAGCAGACGUAGCAUGGGAAACACCUGAUAAAACUCGCCUGGCUGUGAGUUCACAGCCAAGACUUUUUGGAAAUAAAUACCUCCAUCCACAAGGUUCGCUUAUCAUCCAGAACCCUACUCUAAGAGAUGCCGGCGUCUAUCGAUGCACAGCCAGGAACGCCAUCGGCACAGACUCUAAAGCAACGUUUCUGAACGUGUUCUGAUCUGUUUCCAUACUGUAAUGCCCAAGAAACUGCCUACUUAAACCCAGGUGAUGUUUUUAAUUACCCAAAUGUUGUAAAAACUGCUGUUACAAUGCUUAAACAAGUUGAAUUCAACCAGCAGUGGUGAUAGUGUGUCCUGCAUAGAGGCAAAAAGUGCCAGAUCUUGUGUCCCAUUGCUCACCAUUUCAAACAUUUUGUUUUCAUAAUUCAAUCUUGGGAAUUUGGCCUGCUGGAUAAUUUCAGUAGUGGUUUAUGCCAGGGAUGCGCUUUCGACCCCCAUCCUUACCAGGAAAUGACCUCUUGUUAAGCCCAGCCCUCAAUAGGUACACCCUUUUUCAGGAUCCACUUUCAUUGAUUUGUGUUGCUAGGUUGGAAUUCAAAAUUCAAGGCAAAUUAGGCCCAAAAUCAGGCAAACUUAAGGUGUUUAUAGAUGCAUUUUGUUCCACAUCGUCUAGGGAAAAUUAAGCCAAAUUUGUAUGCUUCCAUUCCCCACAAUUUUGGUGCUCUAUAAAUAAACCUAUCAAGUGCCUUUUUUGCCAACAUUCCUUGCAAAUUGUCAGUAGUUUCUAGAAUUUGUUCACAAAUACUGCCAACAACCAGAGAACAUUAUCUCCCUGGAGGAGCUGACACAACAUUACGAAGCUGGUGAACAGAGCAAAUGGUUCAAAUCUAAAAUGCAAGUAUAAAAAGUAUGUCUAAACAACAGGAGUAACAGCUGACAAAAUAUCAGAGUUUUUGUCUUAAAAACCCAACCUUUAUUGAUCCUUUAGCUGAUCAGGUAUUAAUCAUUGUGCAAAGAUUCUCUGUAGCAUUGUCACUAAACAUGCAGAAGUUGCUUUGGUAAUGUUCUGACAGUGGCAGAUUAUGUCAAGCUGUAAAGAAUGCAUAACAUGUAAAUACUGCUAACUUAAAUACAUUGCAAAGAUGUUUUUCUACCCAAAACUUCAGCUGUCAUUCUUGUGCUGUUUAUUAACUCAAGAUCUUAAAGGUAUGCUAGAAAAACUGGGCCUUAUUUUGCAUAGUUUUUGGUCUUAUGACUAACUAUUUUCAUAAUUUGUAAAUUAUACCCGCUGGAAGUUAUCUUCUCAAAGCCACCAGACUCAACAGCAAAACAUAACUAUUACAACUUUGGCUUUUUUCUAUGAUUAACUAUGAAUUUUGGCGCACUCAAAUUUGGCAGUCAAUACCAUCCCUGCCCAUGCAAUUUGACCCCUUAAGGCCUUUUGGAUCUAACUGGGAAUUAGCUUGGUGUGGUGAGUCGAUGAAGACUGGUGUGUUGCUGCAAUGUUUUACCUUGUUUUUGCACAACUUGCACGACUCAUAUCCAACUCCUGACAUUCAGGAAGCCUCAAAUACUCCAGUGUCUUUGCUUUCAGUCUUGCUGACAGUAGACUCCACCACUGCCCAGGUUCAACCUAGCAAGUACAGCCUGUUUUCUGCCACUGUAAACCAGCCAUGCUGGCCCUAAAACCAGCCCAGCCCACCUGGAAGUCUCCUAGUUCUCCAGAUUAGUCACUCCGGGCCUUUUACCAAUCUGGGUGCCAUCUCUACCUUGUUUUGGCUGAGUGAGGUGUGCGCUGCAUCAUGCAGUUUUACAACUGCUGCCAUCUGCUGGCUUUUUUGUUAACUGCCCCAUAGGGGAUGUUAAUGUUAAAACUGCUGAGACAGCAUUUAAAGCCAUAUCAAUUCUGUAAAAUCUGUAUUGAUACACCUAUCAACACCGUGGAUAUAAGGAUUUAUUUCUGUAUUGAUUUUUUUUUUUCAGUGGCAGUUUUGCAACUGUCAUGAGUACUGAAUUACAUUUCUUGUCCAAACUGCCCCAUUUUUCCAUUAAGAAUAGGAGUUAUGAUUGAAAAAUUUAAGAAAUGUGAAUCAUGGUUUGUCAUUGAGGUGGUCUGGUUGGGUCCUAACACUAAAGUUGAGAAUCACCCUAGGAGCAUGUGCAUUCAUAUGUGGGAACUCUAACUCAGUGGAUAACUUCACUCAUGGUGCAAAUAUGUCUCACAUCAAAAAAAACAGCAAUGAAUGAGAAACAUGAGCAAAAAAAACCCCAAACACAUCUAAAACCAUCAAAGCACUCUGCCCAAAGGCAUGAUGGGUAGUUUGAGUGCACCCUUAGACCCAAAACCAUGUAAAAACAUGGCCCAGGUUUAAAAAUGAUUGUGUUUCAUUAACUGUGAGGAGCGUGAACAUCCUGUUCAUCUGCUUCUGAAAAACGCUGAUCCUGUUUUUUAUGCUUUACCUUGUAAAUUAUUUGUCUUUGACAGACUGUGAUGCAAAAAAACAUAUUUUAAUAAAAGAUUUUUACCCUUUUUUACCAA